AUGGUCGAGGCGGAACGGGCGCGAGGGGAGAUUCGCGAUCGGGAGGUGGCGUUGUUAGAGGAGCGGGCGGCGGCGAUGACGAAGCGGGCGAGCGACGAGGACGCGAUCGAGAGACGAUUGAAGGAGUACGGAGAAGCGAUAGAGUCGUAUGAAAAGGUGAUCGCGAGUGAGCGUGAGGAGGAGGGUAAGGCGCGGCGAGCGUUGGAAGAGGCGUUGGAGGAGGCGAGGAUGGAGAUCAAAAGACGCCUCGAGCGGGAGAUUGAGCUGUCGGAGGACUUGAAAACGUACGGAGAGAAAUUUGAAGAGUUCAGGGCGGUUUUGGUGGAGAACGAAGCCAAGGCGGAGAAGUUGGUGGAAGAGCUCGCGAGUGCAAAGAUGGAGGCGAUGGCGAGCGAGAAGAAGAUGCUCGAGGCAAAGUUGAUGAAGCAAAAGUCGGACGCGGCGUUGAUCGAAGUCGUCGACGAGCGCGAGAGUCUUCGCCGACAGGUGGCUCGGCUGACGAAACAAAACGAAAAACUCCAGAUGCUAUCGCGAACGCUUGUAGAAGAACGGGGCAAGGCUAAGAGCGACGCGUGA